GCAGUAUAGUCAUUAGCAGCGUUAAAACUUAUAGAGCUGUGGGGUUGAUUAAUGCGUUGUCUUGUUCGGCGGUGAUACGUCGUCUCUUCAUGCCCAAGAUGUGGUUGACUUUUCGUGGAGGAGAAAGAGAUGGACGAAAACGAGAGGAGGUAACAUUUUUAGAAGCUGAAAUGAUCCCCAAAUCAAGAAAAGCUUCAGACAGAAGAAAGGCAGUAAGCAUCCAGGAGAUUGCUGCUCUGGCCAGAUCCUCCUUAAAUGGCAUAUCCCAGGCGAUGAAGGACCAUGUCACCAAGCCCACGUCCCUGCAGGGUGGCAGGGUCGCCCACCUCAUAGAGUGGAAGGGUUGGCCCAAAUCCACAGACUCCCCCACGGACCCUCUCCACACACACUUCAAGUCCUACUGCCACCUCACUGAGGGAGAACAGGAGGCGCGCUUCGCUGCAGGAGUUGCAGAGCAGUUUGCUAUCGCUGAGGCAAAGCUGAAAGCCUGGGCUUCUGUGGAUGACGAUGAGGAAGAAGCUGAUGAAGAGUUCCUCCAGAACAACAGAAACACACUCACACUCUCUACCCAGAGCUCAGACACUGCAACGUCCAAUCACAAGCCUCGAGUGCCAUUCCAGGCUGAGAUUGACAGCAUUAAAGUUCCGCCCUCUAUCAGCUCAACCAGUCCUGUGGGCUCUAGCAGCAAUAGCCUGCACUGUGAUAGGCCCACAUCUCAGAAUGACCCGGCUCCACAGCAAAACGACCAGCCUACUCUAGAGAGUGACCGGGCUAGCCCUUUCCCCAGAGAGGGGGAACUAGUGGAUGGUGAGGAUCAGCCUGUACCACUGCUAGAGGCCGGCGGGGGUGUCUGUAUCGUCCACAAGCCUGACUGGAGGCCGAGAAUCAGAAGCAGUAGGUUUGACUCCUGCUAUUCAACCUCUCACUCUGAGUCUCUUGGAGAGGAGGAAGCGGAAGAGGGGGGUGAAGAGGGGAGUGUGUUUCAGGAAGGUAGAGAGUGGCACUCCUGCCAGAGCCAGAGAAGCUUCUUCUCCGACAGAGGCUCGUCAGGAGUGGCGUCAUUCGAUGAGGAAGAGUAGGAGGUGGAGGAGAAGAAAAGAGAGAGCAUUUGAUGUUAUGUGUUUUUUCAUCUUGUAGGUGUACCCCUUGGAUAGUCUGUUGACUCUUAGAUAUGUAACUUAGUGAUGGCUAGCCUUUACCCAUCUUCCAUCCUUCCUUCCUUCCUUCCUUCCUUCCUUCUUUUUUUAUUUCCUUCCUCCAAUCCUUCCUUCCUUUCUUUUCUCAGCUCGUCUCUCCCUGCACUUGUUUUUCUCUUUGUCUCUUCUUCUUUUUCACACACUUCCAUUUCUUUCAUGUUAUGCUGUAUUUGAGAGUUGAAACUCCAUUCCCGAGUAUUGUGUUGUUCAAACGGAAAGGUUUUAUGUUGUUAUUUCAUAGAUUUUCUAUGGAUUUUUAUUGUAGUGUUUUCCCAGGGCCAUGAUGUGAAGUCAAGUAAUGGGGUUUGUCCUGGAUGAAUAAAACAUAAUUUUUUUUAA